AGGAGGCGGGGGGCGGGCGGGCGAUGGCGCUGUGGCGGGCGGCUCGGGGCCGGGCCCGGGCCCCGGAGCGCUGGGCCGCCGAGCGGCGGCGGGAGCUGGAGGCGCGGAGCCGGCAGCAGUGGGAGCGGGCCAGCCGCUCCUUCGCCCGGGCCGCCAUUUGCUGCUCCAGGCAGGCGCGGUGGAGCGCGCCGCGGGCCCCGCCGCCCAGCCCGGCGGCGGUGCGACGGGAGGCGGAGGAAGCGGCGGAGCGGCUGGAGCAGCGGCGGGCGCGGCUGCGGCGGCUGCUCGGCGAGGAGCGGGAGGCGCUGGCGGCGGAGCUGUGGGAGCUGCGGCGGGAGCGCGGGCCGGAGCCCGCCGGGAUGCGGCGGCGGAGCCAGGAGCUGCGAGCCGGCCGGGAGGAGCGGAGGAGGAAGGUUGCUGAGCAGCUGCUCUAUGAGCACUGGAAGAAAAACAACGCUGAGCUCCGGGAGGUGGAGUCAGAGCUGCACAGGAAGCACGUGAUGGAGGCUUGGGGUGAUCAGCUAAUGCAAAAAAUCAAGCAAGAAGCAGCUGAACUUGAAGAGAAAAAACGUUACGAAAACGAAUAUGAAAUUGCGCAAAGGGACACACUGGAAAGAAUGAGACAAGAGGAAGAGAAGCGUCAGCUGGAAGAGAAGCAGCAAGCGGAGGUGUUGCUUCAACAAAUAGAAGAACUGAAAUUACAGGACACAGAGGCAACAAAGCUGAAAAAAGAACAAGAGAAUUUAUUAAAGCAGCAGUGGGAGCUGGAGGACUUGGAAGAAGAAAGGAAACAAAUGGAAGAGCACCGGAAGAAGAAAGAGCUUGGUCGCUUUUUGAGGCAUCAGUGCGAUAUCCAGUUAAAGAGACGAGCCCAGCAGAUACAAGAGGAGCUGGAGAUAGACAGGCAAAUCUUAUUAGCCCUCCUCGAGAAAGAAGAUGAGGAUCAGCACCAUCAGUCUGCACAACGAGAACGAGCUGUUGUGGAUGUUGCCUGGAUGAAACAUGUCAUUGAGGAACAGCUCCAGUUAGAAAAGGAGAGGGAGGCAGAGCUGCAGACUAUUUUUAGAGAAGAAGCUAAAAAAGUGUGGGAGAAGAGGGAAGAAGAAUGGGAAAGAGAGAAGGUGGCCAGAGAUCGCCUGAUGAAUGAGGUCCUUGCAGGCAGACAGCGCCAGAUCCAAGAGAAGAUGGAGUUAAACAGACAAGCCCAAGAAGAGUCUAUAAAGUAUCGAGAGCAGCUGAUUAAAGAACUCGAAGAGGCAAAAGAACUGACUAGGCGAGAGAAGGAGCAGGAGGAGGAACUGAAGGCAGCCAGCAGGCGGGAGCUGGAGGCGCAGCUGACAGCGUGCCGCUUGCAAGAACGGGAGGAGCAGCAGUGCCAGAGGGAGGAGGAGGAAGAGGAGAGAUCAGCCCGGCAGCACUGCGAGGAAUUGGUGUGGCAGGAGGCCGAGCAAGGGUAUCGCAGCAGGCUCUACAGUUACCCAAAAGCAGCAUGGACCUGAGGAUUCCUGUCCUUUGCACCCGAGGAAUGAGCACCAAAUGCAGCUGCAGACUACAGAAAGAAAAUUUUGAAGCGUCAAGCUUCAAAAGCUUUUGAGCGUUUAACUCCUGAAAUGACAGUGGCUUUGGAAUAGCCUACAAUGACACAGACACUCAACUUAGUAGCUUUCUGAAAAUACUUAGCUGUGGCUUAGCUGAACACAAGAGCAAAUUCCUACUGGCUUCAAGAAUGUGGAGGUGCGAGCAUCCUUGGCGGAUGGAACUGCUUCAUUCGCUCCACGUUCAGGGAUUGUGAUGACCUAUUUCAGUAUGUGCUACACUGGGGUCACACAGCCAACGAGGGGGCCCUUUGGACCUGAACCGUAAAAGAACUGGUGCCUCCUGCGGAACGGGAUCUGUGAACCACUACGUGCUGCGUUUGCUCUUUAGGUGUCAGACUCCCACCUCUGAGCAGCAGGAUGUGCCCAGAGGCCCAGCUGGCUUUUAGGAGUUAAUUCCUAACACAUACUGCAAAUUGGUAAGAUAGAUAAUGUGUGCUGCGGCAGUAAUUCCUAACACAUCCCAUUCCUCUCCAGAAGGUGCUGAAGACUUCAUUAAAUGUUGCUUUUCACUUGUUUCAUAAAUAAUGAAUAACUGCAACCUGAACAA